AUGAAUUGCUCCCCAAAUACAGCUCAUCCUGUUUUCACGCUGUACGAGUUGGCUUUCAAGGAAAAGCCCCAAAUGGAUCACUUUCGCGUGUUUGGAUCGCAAAGUUACGCUCAUGCCGACGCUGUCAAAAGGAUUAAGCUGGAACCCAAGAGCUUCAAGUGUAUGUUACUCGGCUACGCGGAAAAUGUAAAGGGCUAUCGCGUGUUUGACUUGAAAAAUGCCAAGGUCAAAGUGACCUGUUAUGUGAAGUUGGAUGAGCGUGAAGUCAAUGGAAUCGACGACACUCAUGCGCUAAAGCCAGCCACAAUUGUUCAAGUAAUCGAGGACAAUGAUGAAGUCAAGAUUCAGCAUCAAGUGGAUAUACAGCCUAUGAUAGACAAUCCCGUGGAAACUGUGAAAGAGCCAGUUAUAGAUGUCAAAAUGGGAGAUAUCGAGCGAACGCCAAGCGUUGAUGUAAAUCAUCUAAUGGCUUCUGAGCGCUCCAUCGUAAACUCUUUGGGUUUUACCUUCUAUUCAACACAGAUCUUGCCGAUAAAAAUUAAGUGUAGCAAGUUUUAUCCUGCCUUUAUAUUUGUUGUUACGGAUCACAUCAUGACUGCAUGA